AUGGCGAAAGUUUCUCCUGUGGUUCCGCAACCAUGCGAUGAGCCAGAUGAGCUGCCGCUCCCACCCGAAGGAUCGCUCGCACCCCAAGGAUCGAGAGCCAGGCUGACACACAAUGGCACGGCAGCGACGGUCGGAGCAAGCUCCCUGCAGUCCAUCAAGGUUGGUCCUGUGCACCGCGAGGUGAAGGAGGAAGUGACCGACAGCUUCAUGCUCAAGCAGCUUCUGACUCGGAAGACCUCCUGGGUCGUCAUAACCUUCCUUGUGGUUGGCCUGUGCUACGCCAUCCUGCGACCAUCUUUGUGCUCUGAUGUGCAGAAGUGCCAAGACCAGCACCGAACGGCAUCAGAUUUGGUACCGUACAGUGCACUCAUUACAGCAGCGUUAUUGGCGGUUUUCCUGCACGAGCUUGCCACCGUCAUCCUGACCUACAGGACCGCCAAGAAAGCCCUUAGCCUGAUACCCAACAUCAAGGAGUCCUUGGUUCCAUCCAUGCUGCUCUGCACAACCUUUGCCGUGCUCAUCUUGGAAAACAUGUGUUUCUUUGCAGGAAGCUCUGCCUGGUUCGCACAUGCGUCUGUGUCGGACAAUCCCGACCUGGAUGGCAUGCCCGUGUACACCGUCUUUUUCGCCGAGUGGUUGAUCAACGUGCCCAUCUUGAUUAUCCUGGCGGGUCAGAUUUCCCUCGGGCGUCCAGCAUAUGAGGUAUCGCUGCCCCUGGUCGUCACAAACGUCUACAUGACCUUGGCGUGGUGUGCAAAUUUCAUUGCCCUUGCCUAUGUCCGCUACAUUGUGGUGGCUGUGUCUUUUCUCAUGUACUUCAAGGCUUCCUGGGACAUGAUCAUGUGGGUGAAGCUCUGGAGGAAGGACAACCCCGACGGGCAUCUCCUUGGACGCCCACUGCUUGCAGUGGCCCUCGUCGUGGUUUUUGGUGUCUAUGGGAUCGUGUAUCUGCUCAGGCUACGCGGAAUUCUUCCUUGGCAUUUUGAAGGCACCUUCUACUUGACCAUGAAUUUCACAACGAAGCUUUGUGCCUCCAUGACCUUGGCGGGGAUUCGCUCUAGUGAGUUUCAGGAGGUGCUGCUUCUAAUGCUUGCCAACACCCAGACAUCUUUCCAGCGAGGCAUUUACCAGGAUGAUGUUCAUAAUCUGCGAGAUUAA